AUGGAUGCUGGUGUGGGAAGUCGGCUGCUGAGUGAGGUGGAUGAGUUAAGUCUUGAACAGACCUUGUCCAUUUUCCGCAAUACUCUCGACGCUGAAGAAAAUCGCCCAUAUCAGAGAGUCAAAAAGACUUAUAUACCAGAGCUGGAUGAUCUAGCCAUGACGCAUUUCAACUCGGAAAAGACGUCCACUAUUGCCAUGACGGGGAGAUAUCUUCCGCUUGUCCACAAAAUUAUAUCGACCCUGGUAUCAGAACCGUAUAAACGAUCUGUUUCUGUAAUUGAUCUCGAAAGCCGCUUUGAUGCUACCCGAUUGUCAUGUUCCGAGUCUGAUUUGGAUCAUAUAUACGUACAAACGUUUCGAUACAGCGCUUCCAACGAUGUUUCUCAAAUUAUGACUACCAUAGAGAAGUUCAUGCUAUACAACCAACUUUCAAAACCAAGCCAAGAGAGAGAGUGGUGGGGAACUAUUGUGAUUGGUGGUGUGGGAGCUGGCGAUGUUGCUGCCGGUUGGAAGGGGUGGCUGCACGUUGAGCCGUACAAAGGACCAAUACCCCCUCGUUUACGAACAGAUAAUGCAGACGGAGCAACAGAAGGUGCACAAACACAAUUACCUGUAUGGAUUGCGUCGUCGCAAUGGGGCUCGUUUGUAUUCUGCGAAUAG